AACUCCGCACUAUAUAUAUGCUCAUAUGGAUGCACCCAGACUCAUCAACUGUCUCUACAUUGCUCAGCGCUGCUGAAAUUACUACGAUCACAUUUUCUUCCUGUUGUAAGUUGAAAAGGCGAUCAUGGAUGACGAUUUCGAAUUCCCGACGUCUAACAACGUAGCCGACGACAUGGACAACGGUGAUUUUCCGGAAGACAAACCUACUCUCAAGGUCGGGGAGGAGGCGCCGAUUGGGAACACUGGCUUGAAGAAGAAACUUCUCAAGGAAGGCGAAGGAUGGGAAACUCCCGGCUCCGGAGAUGAAGUUGAAGUUCAUUAUGUGGGCACGUUGCUUGAUGGAUCACAGUUUGAUUCAAGCCGUGACAGGGGUACACCUUUCAAGUUUAAGCUUGGCCAAGGACAAGUCAUUAAAGGAUGGGAUGAAGGUAUCAAGACAAUGAAGAAAGGGGAGAAAGCUCUCUUCACCAUUCCCCAGGAGAUGGCCUAUGGGGAGUCUGGGUCCCCUCCAACAAUUCCUCCCAAUGCCACCCUACAGUUUGAAGUGGAGUUGCUUUCUUGGAUGAGUGUGAAGGAUAUAUGCAAAGAUGGUGGAAUAUUUAAAAAGAUACUUGUUGAAGGAGAGGGCUGGCAGAAGCCUAAAGAUGUUGAUGAAGUGUUUGUCAAGUAUGAUGCCCGGCUUGAGGAUGGAACAGUCGUCUCAAAAGCUGAUGGAGUUGAAUUUACUGUAGAAGAUGGCUAUUUCUGCCCUGCUCUGUCAAAAUCUGUUAAAACAAUGAAGAAAGGGGAAAAAGCCCUAUUGUCUGUGAAGCCCCAAUAUGCAUUUGGAGAGAAAGGCAGGCCUGCUGCCACUCCUGAGGAGCGUGAUGUCCCACCAAAUGCUUCCCUUCAAAUAAAUCUUGAAUUGGUCUCAUGGAAAACUGUUUCUGAAGUGACAAAUGACAGAAAGGUCUUAAAGAAGACUAUAAAGGAGGGAGAAGGCUAUCAACUACCUAAUGAUUCUGCAGUGGUGAAAGUGAAACUGAUGGGAAAGCUGCAAGAUGGGACUGUUUUUGUGAAAAAGGGAUAUGACAAGGAGCCAUUUGAAUUUACUAUUGACGAAGAACAAGUUAUUGAUGGACUUGACAAAGCUGUAAAAACAAUGAAGAAAGGAGAAAUUGCAGUGGUAACAAUUCAACCAGAAUAUGCAUUUGGCUCAUCUGAAUCUCCACAAGAGCUGGCUGUUGUUCCUGGGAAUUCAACAGUGUACUAUGAGGUUGAGAUGGUGUCAUUUAUAAAGGACAAGGAGUCAUGGGAAAUGAAUACACAGGAGAAAAUAGAAGCUGCCAAAGCGAAAAAGGAGCAAGGAAAUGUUCUUUUUAAGGCAGGGAAAUACGAGAGAGCAUCAAAAAGAUACGAAAAGGCUGUGAAUUUCAUUGAGUAUGAUUCUUCGUUUAGUGAUGAGGAGAAACAAGCUGUUACGGUGUUGAAAGUGAGUUGCAAUCUGAACAAUGCAGCCUGCAAGCUGAAAUUGAAAGACUAUAAACAGGCAGUAAAGCUUUGCACUAAAGUCUUAGAAAUUGAUAGUAGAAGUGUGAAAGCCCUUUAUAGAAGGGCUCAAGCAUACAUACAACUGGCUGAUUUGGAUUUAGCGGAAUUGGACAUCAAGAAAGCACUUGAAAUUGAUCCAGAUAACAGGGAUGUAAAAGUAGAGUACAGAAUCUUGAAAGAGAAGAUCAGAGACUACAACAAGAAGGAUGCACAGUUCUACAGCAACAUUUUUGCAAAGAUGAGUAAAAUGGAGCAAGUUAAAUCUGCGGGUGCGACUGCAAAGCAGGAAGCAACUCCCAUGGUGAUAGAUAGUAAGGCCUAAUCAAAAUAGUAUUCAUGGAGGAGCAGUAAAGGUGUCAUUUUUCACCUUCCUACCAACUCAAAUUCAUAAUGUCUACUAUGCUUGCUACCAUCCAGUCAGUGUGCAAGUUUUAUUUUUUUAAUGUUGUUUAUUGUAUGUAAUUAGUACUCUGAAUGAUUUGGCUGUUAUAAAUAAAGCUCUUAUUAAAACUUGCCUGUUUA